GGUUUACACAGCAUUUAGUAAAUUGACAAGUAUAAUCGACGCGAGAAAAAAUAGUUUGAGACCGGAAAAUUUUAAUAAAAUAUUUAUUUGCUAAAGUUUAUUUAAGGAAAAAGUACAUUUGGAUAAGGAUAAUAUAAUUUACAUUGAGAAAUGAGUAAUUAUCGGGGUAUUGGAGGCGGUGGCUUCCCUUAUAAAUCAAACUCAACUAAGGGUGGUGCUUCUAUGAAUGCUGUGCCACCACCUUCAACGCUAAACCAUCGUGGCUAUCAAAAGGGCAAUGUACGAGAAGCCUCAACAACGGCAGGCACAUCAAAAUAUGGUUAUUCGACACUGGAAUCUAUAAGUCAAUUUUCCAAUUCUCAAAAUUACAUUGGUAAACGUAAAGCAUGCACUGAGGAUGACUAUUUUGACGAUGAUGACGAACAUGUGCCCCAGCAGGCCUAUAUACCGGCUCCUGGUUCUCCGGGCUAUCAAAAACCCGAAAAAGAGGAAGCUGAAUCAGAUGAAGACCCUUUGGAUCAGUUUAUGGCUGGUAUAGAACAGCAGGUUGAGAAGGAAAAAGUUCGCAAAGAUACCAGUGUGGCGGCAGUUGCUGGAGUUGGCCCUAGUCAAAUAAAGGGUGUAAGAGGAGAUAUAGACGAAGAAGAUGACGAAGAAAGUUAUUAUCGUUACAUGGAAGAAAAUCCGCAAGCUGGCCUAAGGGAUGAUGGUUCCGAUGUGGAAAUUGAUUACGAUGAAGAUGGCAACCCCAUAGCUCCACCAAAAAAUAAAAAUAUUGAUCCUCUUCCUCCCAUAUACCAUUCUGAAAUCGAAUAUGAAAGUUUCGAGAAGAAUUUCUAUACGCCUCAUGAAGACAUAGCCAAUUUGGAUGAGGAUCAAGUGAGAGAUUUGCGAAAAACUUUAGGUGUGAAAGUAACCGGUCCAGAGCCACCCAAACCCGUAACCUCAUUCGGUCAUUUUGGUUUUGAUGAACCUCUUAUGAAGGCUAUACGUAAAGCUGAAUAUACGCAGCCCACACCCAUUCAAGCCCAAGCCAUACCAGCUGCCUUGGGAGGUCGCGAUAUUAUUGGUAUUGCCAAAACUGGCUCCGGUAAAACGGCUGCAUUUAUUUGGCCAAUGUUGGUUCAUAUUAUGGAUCAACGUGUACUAAAACCAGACGAUGGGCCUAUAGGUUUGAUAUUGGCUCCCACUCGUGAAUUAUCUUUGCAAAUCUACAAUGAAGCUAAGAAAUUUGGUAAAGUGUAUAAUUUAAAUGUAGUGUGUUGUUAUGGUGGUGGUUCUAAAUGGGAACAGAGCAAAGCAUUAGAGCAGGGGGCUGAAAUUGUAGUAGCAACACCAGGGCGUAUGAUUGACAUGGUUAAAAUGAAAGCUACCAACUUAAGGAGAGUAACCUUUAUGGUACUUGACGAAGCAGAUCGUAUGUUUCAUAUGGGUUUUGAACCUCAGGUCCGUUCAAUUUGCAAUCAUGUUAGACCUGAUCGUCAAACUUUACUCUUUUCGGCCACAUUUAAGAAACGCAUUGAACGUUUGGCUCGUGACGUUUUAGCUGAUCCUGUACGCAUUGUUCAAGGUGACCUCAACGAAGCCAAUCAAGACAUUACCCAGUAUGUAUAUGUCUUCCCAAAUCCUAUGCAAAAAUGGAAUUGGUUGCUUUUAAAUCUUGUACGCUUUCUUUCCGAAGGAAGUGUUUUGAUUUUUGUCACCAAAAAAGCUGAUGCCGAAUCGGUUGCAAACAAUUUGUUGGUGAAAGAGUACAAUUGUCUCUUGCUACAUGGUGACAUGGACCAGGCAGAUCGUAAUAAAGUCAUAACACAAUUCAAGCGCAAAGAAUGUGAUAUUUUAGUGGCCACUGAUGUUGCUGCGCGUGGUUUAGAUAUUCCGCAUAUUAAGAAUGUUGUAAAUUACGAUAUAGCAAGGGAUAUUGAUACACAUACUCAUCGUAUUGGUCGUACGGGCAGAGCGGGUGAAAAAGGUACGGCCUACACACUAGUAACGGAAAAGGAUAAAGAAUUUGCCGGACAUUUAGUACGAAAUUUGGAAGGUGCUGAUCAGCAGGUGCCUGAGGAUUUAAUGGAUUUGGCCAUGAAAAGUUCUUGGUUCCGCAGCUCGCGCUUUAAACAGGGUAAAGGUAAAAAGCCCGCUGGUAACCAUACUGGUUUAGGUUAUCGUGAACGCUCUGGAUUUGGUGCAAAAACAUCUUCAACACCCUCUAAUGACAUGAGCUCUAGCAGUAGCUUUACUUCUACCAGCAAAUCGUUGUCUUCUGCUGGCCCCGCCACAGAUCGUUAUGCCGCUAUGCGCGAAGCUUUUCGUUCUCAAUACCAAUCACAAUUCAAACCUUCAACAGAUCGAACAUGGGAGGAAACUGUUCCUGAAGCCGGAGUGUUUGCUGCACCAGCACCGCCUCCACCUUCUUUGAUGAAUAGCAGUAGUCAGUCGCAAGGGGACAAACGUAAAACUAAGAAAAGUCGUUGGGAUUAAGUAAAACAACGAAUUUAUAAGCCUAAUUUAUUUGCUUUGAAAGAAAUAACCAACACUGAAGAUUCAUCUAUAUAUUUAGUCCUAGUGUUUAAAUUGUUUAAUAACAACUAUAUAAUAUGUGUAACAUUUUUUCUAAUGUUUAUUGCAUUAAGUCUUACGUUCUUAUCUAUAAAACUAAAAUUAAAACCCCUAACAAUAA